GGGUUUCAUUCCAGCCAUGGAGAGUCAGAGAGUCCUGUCGUCUUACAGGAAGCGUUUCGGGCCCCAGGGGGCCGGCAGCGUGGGUGGGGGCGUGCGGCUCAGCAGUCUCUCCUCCAGCCGCUUCUCCCUCCAUGGGACCCCCCGCCACCUGACCCACUCCAGCACCAUUUCCCGUCUCUCCCUGGGGUCGGCUGGAGGGGCCCUGCUCCUGGGGACCCCUGGGAACCGGCUGGACUUCUCGGCUGACUCACUCCUCAAGGCCCAGUACCGGGAGACGCGCACCAACGAGAAGGUGGAGAUGAUGGGUCUGAACGACCGCUUCGCCAGCUUUAUAGAGAAGGUGCGCUUCCUGGAGCAGCAGAACACAGUGCUGGUGACGGAGCUGACCCAACUGAGGGGGAAGGAGCCCAGCCGUCUGGGAGACAUCUUCCAGGAGGAGCUGAGGGAGCUGCGCAGGCAGGUGGACGGACUCAGCGCUGGGAAGGCCCGGCUGGAGAUAGAGAGGGACAACAUGGCUGCUGACGUGGCCACGCUCAAACAGAGACUGCAAGAUGAGAUGGUUCUUAGACAGGAUGCAGAGAGCAACUUGAACGCCUUUAGACAGGAUGUGGAUGAGGCAUCUCUGAACCGUGUCCAGUUGGAGAGGAGGAUAGACGCGCUGCAGGAUGAGAUUGCCUUCCUCAAGAAGAUCCACGAGGAGGAGCUGCGUGAGCUGCAGGAGCAGCUGAUGGCCCAGCAGGUCCAUGUGGAUGUGGACGUGUCCAAGCCAGACCUGACCGCUGCUCUGAGGGACAUCCGGGUCCAGUAUGAGUCCGUGGCCUCCUCAAACAUUCAGGAGACGGAGGAGUGGUACCGCUCCAAGGUCAUAUCAGAAAGCUUGGGCUAUUGCAUAUACAUGUACCCACAUUACUGUACAGGCACAGGGAGACACACUACCAUACAGAUAAACAUGCAUACAGCCAGGUGUUGCACAAUGCACACAUUGACAACACACUAUAAGAUGCCGACUUUUACACUGUCCUGUCUCUCCUUUUGUUGUUAUGCACAGUUUGCCGACUUGACCGACGCAGCUACUCGGAAUGCAGACGCCUUGCGAUUGGCCAAACAGGAGGGCAACGAGUACCGCCGGCAACUCCAGGCCAUGACCUGUGAUGUGGAGGCGCUCCGUGGAACAAACGAGUCUCUGGAGCAGCAGCUGCGUGAGAUGGAGGACCGUUUCUCCGUGGAGACGGCUGGUUACCAGGAUACGGUGGGUCAUCUGGAGGAGGAGAUCCAGACUCUGAAGGAGGGGAUGGCCAGACACCUGCAGGAGUACCAGGAUCUGCUCAACGUCAAACUGGCCCUGGACAUAGAGAUCGCUACCUACAGGAAGCUGCUGGAGGGAGAGGAGAGCAGGAUCACUGUUCCAAUGCAGAGCUUCUCCAACCUGCAGUUCAGAGAGACCAGUAUGGACACUAAGUUCUCUCCAGAGGCCCAUGUCAAGAGGAGCAUCAUAGUGCGGACUGUGGAGACUAGAGAUGGGGAGAUCAUUAAGGAGUCUACGGCUGAGAGGAAGGAGAUUCCUGACAGUCCUUAAAGGACAAAAAUGGUGCUAGCUAUAUGUCUGUCAUACUGUCCCCACUCCCCAGUAACACUUAGAGGCCUUGCCUGAUAAUGAUACCCUUUCCUGACCAGGCACCUCCCUCUUCUCCAAACCUCAAAGUCCCCCCAGUUGCAACCACCUCACCAUCCCCUUCCUCCCCUCUUCAUCAUCACCCCCAGACCAUGCUACAUCAUUAAAUACUUUUUUUGCAUUUCGUUGAAACAAAAAAAAAUCCCUCAUUGCGUCCUUGUUAGCAUUUUUGCCAAAAAAGUAUUAUUUUUGUAUUGCUGUAACUGGAGAUAGGCUUUAGUGCUGGAAGUGUGGCCAUGCACCUUAGAAGGAAGGGUCUUGGACUACUACCCUUCCUGAUUAACAGACUUAAUGCUUGGAAAUGUAUAUUUUGUUCAGCUCAUAAUAGUGACAGAUCAGAGUGGGAAAUGUUCUCAAUGUGUUUGGAUAGUAGCCAGAGAGGAGGCCUUGAAAUGUAGUGAUUGUUAUUCAGCUAGUGGCAGGGGUCGUGCUGAAGUUGUGUGGUUUGAGUGGAUGUGAGAAGUCAAGAGGAAAGUACAGUUGCUGGGGUUAGCAGUGGACAGGAUGGGUCUCAGACAAGGAAGAUGACGUGUGAAUGACAGUGCUUUUGGCAGAACUGUUGGUGAAAAGAAAGAAGCUGAUGUAACUCUCCUCUAGGACCAAACACCAUAUCCAUUUCAUCCCUCCGUCAUACAAUCCCCCCCCCCCUCUCUGGAUGCAGUGUCUCUAGUUCCAUUGUUUCAUUGCAACAUAAUAUUUUAACACUAGAACAGCGCCUGGGAACAUCCACUUACGCACCAGGGGUGAGAGGGACAGGAUGGAGGUGAUACAGGGAGUAUUGACGAGACCCUUACCUCUGAAAUCCCCUGUUCCUCCCCCAGCUCCAUCUCUGGAGUGUCAGUGAUUGUAGAGAGACACAAAAGAUGGUGUUGCUGAGAUAGCUUGGCGGUGGUGGAGCGGGUGGGGUUACACGGUGUCUCCCUGAUGACAGCCCACUCCAAGAGGGGGGGGCUUGGUGGUGGUGGAGCGGGUGGGGUUACACGGUGUCUCCCUGAUGACAGCCCUCUCCAAGAGGGGGGGGGGCUUGGAAGGUGGAGGAGGGUAGUUGGAGGGUUGGAGGAGAGGAGGAGAGGAGCGGGGUUGGAGGGUUGGAGGAGAGGAGGAGGGUUGGAGGAGAGGAGGAGAGGAGGAGAGGAGGAGAGGAGGAGAGGAAGAGGGUUGGCGGGUGGCUGUCACAACACUAACUGUUCAUCCCAGCUCUCUCCCUCUGCUUAGCACCCCUGCUGACAUAAACAAACUGACACCCCUGUCACCUACCAUUCAGUACAGAUGGUGACUACAGACUGCUUUUCAUUCUUCACUAAAGACAAACCGUAACCGUCUUCUAAUGUGCCUGCGUUUCUUUCACAUCUCCCUUCCCUCUGCUUUGCCUUCGUGUCUUCACCCGUCAGCUCUAGAUACUAUUUCUUCUCUUCUUGUCUGCCUCUUACAGUAGCCACAGCUCAACCACACUGCAGUGUCUCAGAAAAACCUACAAGAUGUGAAUAUAACCUUAGUUUUGACCAACAUUAUGACAACCCGCUAACAACAAUAAAGCCAUUUUGUUUCAUUAGUA